GUCUGUCUAUUUAUUCGCUUUUUUUCUCUCAGAAAUUUUCAUCGGAAGGCUUGCAGACUUUAGGGCACAGAGGACUGGGACCGAGCAUCUACAGCCACGUCCACCCCCUGGUCAGAACAGAGAGAGCCAAGAUGUCCCUGAAAGUCCAGACCAGCAACAUCACCAAUAAAAACGACCCCAAAUCCCUCAACUCGCGCGUGUUUAUCGGGAACCUGAACACAGCCGUCGUGGCCAAGAGCGACGUCGAGACCAUCUUCUCCAAAUACGGACGCGUGUUGGGCUGCUCCGUCCACAAAGGAUACGCCUUCGUUCAGUAUGCUAAUGAGAGACACGCCCGUGGGGCCGUCAUCGGAGAGAACGGACGCGUACUGGCUGGACAGACGCUCGAUAUUAAUAUGGCAGGUGAGCCCAAACCCAACAGGCCUAAAGGGCUGAAGAGAACAGCAGCAGCACUGUACAGCGGUUAUGACUUCGACUAUGAUUACUACAGAGAUGACUUCUAUGACAGACUGUUUGAGUGCAGAGGCCGAGUAUCACCAGUGCCCAGAGCUGUGCCCAUAAAGCGCCCCCGUGUGGCCGUGCCUGUGAUGCGCAGGGUGAAGUCGUUACCCGUCAAACUCCUAAGCAGAUCCAACAUCCUGCCCAACAGCUCAGCCAAGCACAAAUCAGUAAAAUCCAACGAACUGCAAGCUAUCAAAUCAGAACUCACGCAGAUCAAGUCCAACAUUGAUGCACUGCUAGGAAGACUCGACCAGAUCACAGAGGACAAAUACUGCACAGCAGAUCUGCGGAGGGUGGAGGGGAGCAAGACUGGAGUGUCUCCUGAUGAAUCGUGCUCCGAGUCGGAGGAGCUGGCAGAAGAUCAGCACCACAGUGAUGUGGAGGAGGGAGAGGACAACACGCAGGAGGACUGUGAUGAGGACCUGGAAAACAACCCCUGUUCAGAGUCGGACCCCGUCCUUCAAUAAAAGUGCGCAGCAGCAGGAAGCUGGAAAACGGUGGACUGGAAGCUGUUUUAAUGCUGCAGACUCAGCGGGAAAACACUUAAACCAGAGGAGCGCAAUGAAAACUCCAACAUCAGCUGUCAACCCGGCGGACAGCUCAACUAGCUCUCCGGGGAGAGGGUGGAGAGGUGAGCCCCCCCACACCUCCCAAAAACCAGGAACACAUAAAGCCCAGCAGCUCCUGACUGACAAGCAAAAAAUCCCAAAAAGCAACAAGACGAAUUUCAUAGACGUCCCGCAAACGCCUCCCUACAGGACACUGUAAACUUUUCAACGUGUAAAAAGGACCUUUUUCCUUUCUUUCUAUCUUUCUUUCUUUCUUUUUUACCCCUUAUAUGAAUGACCCCCCCCCCCCACACACCUUUACUUCCUCUCUUCUCCUGUUGUGUCUUUUGUGCAUCUAUUUUUGCUUUAUUUAUAUGAUGAUUAUCUGAAGAAAAAAACAAUGUUUGGUUACAUUUCCUUUUGCAUCAGCUUGCACUUUCAAGGCUGCAAGAGGUGUUUACAGACGUGAAUAAACUCUGAUCACUUGUGAACAGUUUGUUCUCGCUCUGAUUUGUCUGUUGAGGAAGUUGCCAACAAAACGACUCCAAAGCAACGUUUACGCUCAGCCUGAGAAAACUGACCUUAACGGUUCUAUUUAAAGGAGUUAUUUUCCAUCAAAACCCCGUUAUUAUCCAAAACACUUUCAGGAGGAACCUUCAUUGAGCUGGUGAAGUGGGAGAUUAUUCUCCUCUCAAGGACCGUAGAACUGUAGCCCAAACAAACCGCAAGUCCAAAAAAGUGCAUGAGAAACGCUAAUAAAAACACAAAGCAGUGAUCAGGAAAUUCUGUUCAAACUGUACUAAAUUGAAAACAGCACAAGUAAAAUAAUAUUUGAUGUUUUACCUUAUGGUUUUUGUUUGCGCUCUCCCACAAUUGAUGCCUCUAAAAAAGUUUGGAGCCUGUUUAUCCCUGUGUUAUAUCAUCUUUCCUUUAACAGCACUUAGUAGUCAUUUGGGGACUGAAGACACAACUGAUCCAGAUCUGAAAGCAGCAGUUCAGUUAUACAAGUCUUCAGCUGUGCAACCAUGCA